GGCCGCUCGGAAAAAAGGGAGACGGUGCAGCCUCCUCGGCCCAACGCCGCCACCGCCGGAGUUGACUCUUGCGCUCUCGCUGCAACCUAAACGUGACUUCCAACAUUUUUUUUUUUUUUUUCCUCUCCUCCCGGGGCUUUCUCCCUCCCUCCCCCCCCCCUCCCCUCCCCUUUUCCAAGAUGUAACUACAGAUCAGACACUAAGGACCUGCACACGUCGCCGAUGUAGUUUUUGGAAGCAAAGGGGUGGAGUAAAGGGCGUCGGUUUUUUUGUGUUUCGGGGGAAAUUUUCCAUUAUGAAUGUUUUACUCAAGUGAGAUCUCUUCUUCCCCCCUCUCCCUCGUCCGCUUCGUCUUUUGCCCCCCCCCCUUUUUUUUUUUCCAAUUUCCCAAUUUCGGAUUUAUGUAGAGGCGAAUCUGGGGAAGAAAAGUCGGAUUACAAGAUCUCGCCGCCACCACCGCCGACAAUAAAAACCACCGGGAUUUCUUUCUUCUUCUUCUUCUUUUUUUUUUUUUUUUUUUGCAAAUUUCCGACGGCUUUAGAUUCAUGAAGCAAUCGUCCCCUUUUGCAAUCGACAUUUGGAUCUCAGAAUGAGCAAGGAAAGACCCAAGAGGAAUAUCAUUCAAAAGAAAUACGACGACAGCGAUGGGAUCCCGUGGUCAGAAGAAAGAGUGGUGCGCAAAGUCCUGUAUUUAUCCCUAAAGGAGUUCAAGAAUGCCCAGAAGAGACAGCAGGGCGACGGCCUUACCGGGAGCCUCAAAGCGGUCAAUGGGCUCCUGACAAACAGCCAAGCGAAGGGUUUAGGAGCAGGAUCAGAACAGUCAGAGAACGAGAAGGACGACGCAUCCCAAGUGUCGUCCACGAGCAACGAUGUUAGCUCUUCGGAUUUCGAAGAAGGUCCGUCGAGAAAAAGGCCCCGGCUGCAAGCACAAAGGAAGUUUGCCCAGUCCCAGCCAAACAGCCCCAGCACAACUCCGGUGAAGAUCGUGGAACCAUUGCUACCCCCUCCAGCUACUCAGAUUUCCGACCUCUCUAAAAGGAAGCCCAAGACCGAGGAUUUCCUUACGUUUCUCUGCCUCCGAGGUUCUCCGGCCCUGCCCAACAACAUGGUCUACUUUGGAAGCUCUCAGGACGAAGAGGAUGUCGAGGAAGAUGACGAAGAGACGGAGGACGUCAAAACAGCCACAAACAAUGCUUCAUCUUCAUGCCAGUCAACCCCCAGGAAAGGAAAAACACACAAGCACGUUCAUAACGGGCAUGUUUUCAACGGGUCCGGAAAAUCAUCGCGGGAAAGGGACCCAGCUCAGAAACACAAAAGCAAAGAGUCCACCCCGGGGAAGGAGAAGACCAGCGAACCCAGAGCCGACAGCCGGAAGGAGCAGGGCCCGGCUCCCCCCACCCCUGCGCCGAGUACGGGACCCUCCUCCAAGGGGCCCGCAGCCAGCAGCCACCACCACACUCUGCACAGGUCGGCUCAGGACUUCCGGAAGCAGGUCUCUAAGGUGAACGGAAUCACGCGAACGUCAUCCCUGGGGGCACACGCAGCCGGUGCCAAAAAGAUGAGAGACGUCAGACCUUCACCGUCCAAAACUGUGAAGUACACCGCCACGGUGACCAAGGGCACGGUCACAUACACCAAAGCCAAGAGGGAACUGGUCAAGGAAACCAAACUCAAUCACCACAAGCCCAGUUCAGCCGUCAACCACACAAUCUCAGGGAAAACCGAAAGUAGCAAUGCAAAAACCCGCAAACAGGUGCUAUCCCUCGGGGGGGCGUCCAGGCCCACCGGCCCCGCCGUGAAUGGCGUCAAGGUCAAUGGCAAGUUGAACCCAAAGUCAUGCACUAAGGAGGUGGGGAGGCAGUUGAGGGAGGGGCUGCGGAAUUCCAAGAGGCGGCUGGAGGAGGCGCAUCAGGUGGAAAAGACGCAGUCCCCGCCCAAGAAGGCGAAAGGGGCGGAGGCCCCGGCCAAGAAGGCGGCCCCGGCCCCGGCCCCGGCCCAGAGGCCUCUGCUGAACGGACACGUGAAAAAGGAAGUGCCCGAGAAGGUCUCGGAGCGGAACCGGCCGAAGCGGGCGGCGGCCGGGAAGACCCCUCCCGGGAAGCAAGCACACGGCAAGUCGGAAAGCGCCUCCUGCGAACAUCGUUCUACCUCGCACCCAGAGCCCUUGCACAAGCCCCACGACGCGCCGGGCAGGGCCGACAAGGGCGGCAGCCGGCCCGGCUGGGCCACCAUGGACGAGAUCCCCACCCUCAGGCCCUCCGCCAAGGAGUUCCACGACCCGCUCAUCUUCAUCGAGUCCGUCCGAGCUCAGGUAGAGAAGUUCGGGAUGUGCAGGGUCAUCCCGCCCCCGGACUGGCGGCCCGAGUGCAAGCUGAACGACGAAAUGCGCUUUGUGACGCAGAUCCAGCACAUCCACAAACUGGGCCGCCGCUGGGGGCCCAACGUGCAGCGGCUGGCCUGUAUCAAGAAGCACCUCAAAUCUCAGGGCAUAACCAUGGACGAACUCCCCCUCAUAGGUGGCUGUGAGCUGGACCUGGCCUGCUUUUUCCAGCUGAUUAACGAGAUGGGCGGCAUGCAGCAAGUGACUGAUCUCAAAAAAUGGAACAAACUGGCGGACCUGCUGCGCAUCCCCAAAACGGCCCAGGACCGGCUGGCCAAGCUGCAGGAAGCCUAUUGCCAGUACCUGCUGUCCUACGACUCGCUGUCCGCCGAGGAGCACCGGCGCCUGGAGAAGGAGGUGCUGCUGGAGAAGGAGAGCCUGGAGAAGCGCCGAGGCCCCUUGGAGGGCCACUCGGAGAACGCCUACCACCGGCUCCACGCCCUGCCCCGCUUCGAGCCCAAGAACGGGCUGAUCCACGGCCCCGCCCACAAGAACGGCUUCCGGAACAAGCUCAAGGAGGUGGAGACGGCGCCGCUCAAGACCGGCAGGCGGAGGCUCUUUGCUCAGGAAAAGGAGGUCGUCAAGGAGGAGGAGGAGAAAGGGGUCCUCGGCGACUUCCACAAGUGCAUCUAUAAGGGAAGGUCCGUUUCUUUAACCACCUUUUACCGAACGGCAAGAAACAUCAUGAACAUGUGCUUCAACAAGGAACCGGCCGCGGCCGAAAUAGAGCAAGAAUACUGGAGGUUAGUGGAACAGAAAGAUUGCCACGUGGCAGUGCAUUGCGGGAAAGUGGAUACCAACACGCACGGCAGUGGCUUUCCGGUGGGAAAAUCGGAACCGUUUUCAAGGCAUGGAUGGAAUCUUACAGUCCUUCCCAAUAACACGGGCUCCAUCCUGCGUCAUCUUGGUGCUGUGCCUGGAGUGACAAUUCCCUGGCUAAAUAUUGGCAUGGUCUUUUCUACCUCAUGCUGGUCUCGAGACCAAAAUCACCUUCCAUACAUUGACUACUUACACACUGGUGCUGAUUGUAUUUGGUAUUGCAUUCCUGCUGAGGAAGAGAACAAGCUUGAUGAUGUGGUCCACACCCUGCUGCAAGCCAAUGGCACCCCGGGACUGGAGAUGCUUGAAAGUAACGUCAUGAUCUCCCCGGAGGUGCUGUGCAAGGAGGGGAUCAAGGUGCAUCGUACUGUACAGCAGAGCGGCCAGUUCGUGGUCUGUUUCCCGGGAUCCUUUGUGUCUAAAGUGUGUUGCGGCUACAGCGUUUCUGAAACUGUGCACUUUGCUACCACCCAGUGGACAAGUAUGGGGUUUGAAACUGCCAAGGAGAUGAAGCGCCGGCACAUCGCCAAGCCGUUCUCCAUGGAGAAGUUACUGUACCAGAUCGCCACCGCGGAAGCCAAGAAGGAGAACGGCCCCGCUCUCAGCACAAUCUCCGCGCUUCUGGACGAGCUCAGGGACACGGAGCUGCGGCAGCGACGGCAGCUGUUCGAGGCCGGCCUCCACUCCUCGGCGCGCUACGGCGGCCACGACGGGGGCGGCGGGGGCGGCGGCGGCGGCUGGGGCGGCGGCCCGGCGGCGGACGGCAAGAAGAAGCCUCGAAAGUGGCUGCAGCUGGAGACGUCCGAGCGCCGCUGCCAGAUCUGCCAGCACCUGUGCUACCUGUCCAUGGUGGUGCAGGAAAACGAAAAUGUCGUGUUCUGCCUUGAGUGUGCUCUGCGUCACGUGGAGAAGCAGAAGUCCUGUCGGGGUCUGAAGCUGAUGUACCGCUACGACGAGGAACAGAUCAUCAGCCUGGUCAAUCAGAUCUGCGGGAAGGCAUCCGGGAAGAACGGCAGCGUCGAGCACCGUCUCAGCAAGCCGCCGCCCAAACGAGGCCCCCGCAAGCGAGCCACGGUGGACGUGCCCCCCGCCCGGCUGACCUCCUCCAGCUCAUCCAAAAGUGCUGCAAGUUCGUCCUGAAGAUGCCAACACUCAUGCUGUCGAUUUAUAUAUAUUUUUUUGUAAUUAUUAUAUCCUAGUUUGGAGUACUUGCUGUAGAAUACAAGCUGUCUUUGCACUAGCUCUAAAGAAGAUUUUUCUUCUGGUUUUAGAGAACUAAUUUUGUUUUAGCAUUAAACUGUUGAAUUUUUUUUGUA